AUGUCUUCCCGGUUCGUGUCAGGCGGCACAACCGACACCAAGACGGGCGAGAUCGUGCCCGCGGACCCGGCGACGUCGACACCGGCAGCGCCGACCACCACCGGCGGCGGCAAGAGGUCGGAGGAGUGGGCCGCGGUGCAGGCGCAGGUGGAGGAGGACCGGAGGCGGCGGCAGCAGCAGAGGGAGGAGGCGGCGUCGCGGGGCGGCGAGGAGAAGUCGCUGUACGAGGUGCUGCAGGCCAACAAGGCGGCCAAGCAGGCCCAGUUCGAGGAGGCGAACAAGCUCAAGAACCAGUUCCGGGCGCUUGAUGACGACGAGGUCGAGUUCCUGGACGGCGUGAGGGAGCGCAGGCGGGCUGAGGAGGAGAGGCUGCGAAGGGAGACGGAGGAGGGCCUCAAGGGGUUCCGCGAGCUGCAGUCGAAGGUCUCCGCCGCCGGGGAGGGCGAGGGCCCCGAGGGUGAGGGCGCUGCUGAGGGCGGCGGGUGGAGCGUCGGAAGGAAGAGGAAGAGGCGGAAGGAUGAGCCUGAGGGGGUCCUGAAGGGGUUGAAGAGGCGGAGUAGCGCCGCCGCCGCCGAGGUGGCUGAGGAUGGGAAGGCGGACGAGAAAGGCAAAAACGGAGCUGCUGGCCAGGUGACCAGCCAGGAAGGUCCUGCAGCCACUGACAAGGAUGCAAAAGAUACCCAGGAGCCCGAAGCGAAACCUGCCGCGCCAGCGACGGCGAAACCGAAGGCUGCUCUUGUCGACUAUGGCUCGGAUGACGAUAGCGAUUGA